AUGCCUGGCGCACCACCGCCAACAAACGCAAGCAAAAAUCCCCUGCGAGGAGCUGUGGAAAUUCUUCCGGAUGCACUCUACUAUGCCGCACUCAGCACACCGCCGUCUUCUAGUAAAAUAUUACUGAGGAACAAAAAGAAUCAAAAGAUUCCCGUCAUGUGCUUCUGCAUUGAUGCCACUUUGGUGUAUUGGAAUUUCUUUUUGGACUUUGGACCGCUGAAUCUUGGGCAACUCUAUCGCUUUCGAUCCCGGUUGAACGAAUUGUUGCAACAGGCCAAUCGAACGACCGUCACGAGUGCGGGAGAAAAACCUGCCAUUUUGUUCUAUUCGUCCGCGCAUCCCGCCAAACGCACCAAUGCCGUGUAUUUGAUUUGCGCCUGGCAAGUUCUGGAAUUGCGACGGUCUCCCGAGCAAGCCUUUUUCGGUUUCAGUUAUUACAAUACCGGAGGCAAACCACCGCCCACGCCCAAUAGUAUGACGGCGCAAGAACGGAGUUUGCCACCGACUUGGCCCCUGUCUCCAAUUGGAGAAAUGACCGUGGCCCGAUUGCCCACCUUUCACGAUGCCAGUCCAGUCCAAUGCAAUUACAAUUUGAAUAUCAUGCACUGUUUGCACGGACUCAAAAAGGCGAUGGAAUUUGGAUUCUUUGAUUUCAAGACCUUUAAUGUUGACGAGUAUGAAUAUUUUGAACAAGUGGAGAAUGGAGAUUUGAAUUGGAUCGUCCAAGGCAAAAUCUUGGCCUUUGCGGGACCCUCCUUUCAAAAGAAGAUAUCCCCGGAAGGCUAUUGUACCCUGGCACCCUCCGAUUACAUUCCCUACUUUCAAAAGAGAAAUGUAGGCCUGGUGGUCCGACUCAACAAGAAAAUGUACGAGGAACAGGAUUUCAUACGGGCGGGGAUUCAACAUUUGCACCAAUUUUACAUUGACGGAUCCUGUCCACCCAUGGACAUUUUGCAGAAUGUGGUGAGAAGCUUUGAAGAGGUACCCAAAGGAAAAGCCUUUGCGGUGCAUUGCAAGGCUGGAUUGGGACGAACGGGGACUUGCAUCGGUGCCUAUCUCAUGAAACAUUAUCGAAUGACGGCACCGGAAGUCAUUGCGUGGCAACGAAUUUGUCGACCAGGAAUGGUCAUUGGGCCACAACAACAAUUCCUUGAAGAUAUUCAAAACAUCAUGUGGCAAGAGGGACAAAUGAUGUAUUCGAGUCCAAUCACCCAACAUUUGAGUACCUCGAGAAUACCCUCUCCCAACAAGUCAACUCGGCGACCGUAUCCCGAACCACGCACGCCACAGCAGCAGCAGCAGCUACAGCUUCAACAGCAGACUCCGCCACCACAGACUAGUGAAGCAGUCCACGGGAUUCCAGGACAAGCAGAUGGUCUAUUGGCGAGACGAAAAAGGGGGGAACAACAAUCGAAUAAUAUCAACAAGCCAGUACCGGUCACACCCGAUACUUCCAUUACAAGUGAUUAUAAUAAUAAUAACUCACCGCAGGGGACCUGA